AUGGAUGGGAAGAUAGUGAGGGGCGGGCCGAUUUUCCCUGCCGCGGAAAAAUUGCACAUAACUGUGAGAUUUUCCCUUUCUUGUCCCAUUGGCACAACGUUCCCAUUCCUGGCUCCACGAGGGAGCCAAGACUUUGCCACUCUUGGGACAACGUUCCGACGCUGUCUCAUCCGCAUUCCAGAUCCGUUCCGGCUCCGAGAAUGCAUCAGCACCAUUCUCAUUGCAGAUUUCCUGGUGAACGUUCUUGAACCAGCUUCGAAGGUCCUCCUCCGAAAUGCAUGCGAAAGCCUUCCUGAUUCCUUCUGGGAUGUUAUGGUCUAUCGUGCUGCACAUCCGUGGAAGAGAUACGAGAACAUCUCAUUUCAAACUAAAGAAGCGAAUUUCCAAACUUGCAGCAAAAGAUGCGUUCUUCAGACACCCCCUUGCUAUGCCUUCAGCUAUCGUGAAUCCGAUGGAUCAUGCCAGCUGGUUCUCGAUGGGAAAAGCGACCUUGUGGAAGCCAACGGAUUUGAAUCCUUCGUUCGGAGACUGUGCCUGACGGAGUAUCCGAAGAUUGAGAACGCCACCGUAUCCUUUGAGGAUUGGAGCGGAGAAUACCCAGCUCCAACUGGAGGAAGAGUUAUUUUCCGUUGUCCGCAUCCCAAAGGAUUCUCUGAUGGUUCUCAAGUCCACACGGCUGAAUGCUCUUCAUCACCUGAUUCUUGGUGUAGCUCCUUCAAGGGAGACACGAUUACAUUGGGAAAACCUUUCCUUGAAUUCUGUGACAUUCCUUUCUGCGAGAUUCAAGAACUUCAAGCUGGAUCCGAGGGGAACGUGUAUCCCGAAUGCAGACUGAGUGAGAAAGGAAUGGAAUAUGUGGGGACAAAGAAUGUGACUGAGACGGGAAAGCUUUGCCUUAAUUGGGAAUCUCAGCCGUAUGGUAUGCCAUGGGAUUUUUUCAAUCAGGAAAUGGGAUAUUGGGAUCAUUUCAUCAAUGUGGAUCCAUCAAUCCACAAGAAUUACUGCCGGAAUCCUGCUCUGUACAGGGAAAAGCCAUGGUGCUUCGUCUCUGACGCAGAUAUAAAGUGGGAGUACUGCGACAUUCCCUUCUGUCAUAAUCUCGAGCCGCAAGAAUGCAAGCUGACUAGAAGCGGCGGUGAAUAUGUCGGAAGGCGGAAUAUGACCAUAUCGGGAAUCCCAUGCCAACAUUGGUUGGCAAGAUUACCAGAUUAUCACGAUUCCAUUAGUGACUCACUUUCAGCAUUUCCAGAUGAAGUUGAUGGAAGCCACAACUUCUGCCGCAAUCCUAGGGGGAAUGCCCAUGGUCCAUUGGAGUGCAAAAAUAACCGAAGAGGUGACAAAUAUAUGGGAACGAAGAAUGUUACGAAAUCAGGUUACCCUUGCCAGCUGUGGAUGAGCAGGUCACCCAAUGAUUACUAUCCUGAAGAUUUCUAUGUGCAAGCUGAAUCAUUCCCGGACGACUUGCAUCCUUCUCACAACUUUUGUCGGAAUCCUACUGGAAAGUUGGACGGUCCUUGGUGCUAUAAUGGAGCUGGAACUCAUCCUCAAGUAGAUGAGUGUGAUAUCGGGGGCCUGGUCGUGCAAGGGCAGGCGUUCGCAGAAGCCACGAACCAGCCGAACUCGUCGUUCGCCGCGGCCAGGUUCGACGGGAUCCUCGGCAUGGGAUACAAGGCGAUAUCAGUGGACCUCAUCCCGACGGUGUUCGAGAACAUGGUCCAGCAGGGGCUGGUCCAGAGGCCGGUCUUCUCCUUUUACCUCAAUCGUGACAUGUCGUCCGAAGACGGCGGAGAACUCAUUCUUGGAGGUUCUGAUCCCGACUACUACAUCGGGAAAUUCACCCACGUCCCCGUGACGCGUGAGGGUUAUUGGCAGUUCAAGAUGGACAAGGUGAGAGUGGGUCCUCGCGCCGUUUACUGCUCGGAGGGAUGCCAGGCCAUCGCCGACACGGGGACGUCGUUCGUCCUGGGCCCUCGGGACGAGAUCGCCGCGAUCGUCAAGGACGUCGGGGCGGAGCUCGACGGCUCGGGGAACUACAGGACACCCCCCUGCUAUGCCUUCAGCUAUCGUGAAUCCGAUGGAUCAUGCCAGCUGGUUCUCAAUAGGAAAAGUGACCUUGUGGAAGCCAACGGAUUUGAAUCCUAUGUUCAGAGACUGUGCCUGACGGAGUAUCCGAAAAUUGAGAACGCCUCCAUAUCCUUUGAGGAUUGGAGCGGAGAAUACCCAGCUCCAACUGGAGGAAGAGUUAUUUUCCGUUGUCCGCAUCCCAAAGGAUUCUCUGAUGGUUCUCAAGUCCACACUGUUGAAUGCUCUUCAUCACCAGAUUCUUGGUGCAGCUCCUUCAAGGGAGACACGAUUACCUGUAAACCGUUGUAUAAGUAUCCUGAGUGCCGGUUGACAAAGAGGGGAAGAGAAUACAUUGGGAAGGAGAAUACGACGGAAUCAGGAAAGGAGUGUCUGCGAUGGGACCCUCAACCUUACGAAACACCCCAUGACUUCUUCGAAAAUGUUACAUAUUCUGAGCACUUUUCCAACCUGGAUAUCUGGUCUCACAAGAACUACUGCCGCAACCCAUCUGGAAGGGAUAGGCCAUGGUGUUUCGUCAUGGACAAAGAUGUCGAAUGGGAAUAUUGUGAUAUACCUAUGUGCACGGAUACAGACCCUCCAGAAUGCAAGAUAACUCAACAGGGCGGUGAAUACAUUGGAAGGAAGAACGUGACCCAUUCAGGAUUCCAAUGCAAACUGUGGGGGGGAAAUUGGACAAUCACAAUACCUGGAAUUGGAUCGUUCUUCAUACCAGCAUUUCCAGAUUAUAAAGAAACUGAGGAGUCGCACAACUUCUGUCGCACUCCUGACGCAGACGUCGCUCCUUGGUGCUUGACUGAAGCGGAAGAUCUCGACUUUGAAUUCUGUGACAUUCCCUUCUGUGAGAUCCAAGAAAUUCAAGCUGGACCCGAGGGGAACGUGUAUCCCGAAUGCAGACUGACUGAGAAAGGAAAGGAAUAUGUGGGGACGAAGAAUGUGACUGAAACGGGAAAAGCUUGUCUCCAUUGGGAGUCUCAGCCGUAUGGUAUGCCAUGGGAUUUUUUCAAUCAGAACAUAGCAUAUUCGGAUCACUUCAUCAAUAUGGACUCAUCCAUCCACAAGAAUUACUGCCGGAAUCCUGCUCUGCACAGGGAGAAGCCAUGGUGCUUCGUCUCUUACCCAGACAUCAAAUGGGAGUACUGCGACAUUCCCUCCUGUCAUAAUCUCGGUGCGUCCCUCAAAUCAAUCCUGGCGAUAUUGGCUGCUUCACAACUUGAGUGUAGUUUCAUUCUCUUUCAGAUCCGCCAGAAUGCAAGAUGA